CCCGCUCGGCACGGGGAUCCGGCGGAGAGGCUUCGCUAGGUCAGGACUGUCGGUUCUGUCCGAAGGCGACGUGCCCCGGGUCUCGCUCCAGGUCUGCCAGGAGAGCUGCGGGCUCCGAGGCCGCGCCAAACUGCGGAGACGCUGGACCGCUGCGGGUCGGGCCGUUCCUACGCGCCCUCCAGGCCUGCCUUGGGCGCGACGGGGCGGGCGGAGAUGACAGCCGCGGGGCCAAUGGCGCCGCGCCACCCGGUGAGUGGCGCUCCCCCUCCGCCGAGCGGGUUCGCGUCUCCUCCAUGCCGGGCGCGGUGACUCCUCCACCCGUGAGCCUGGGGCCGACGUCGCGCCUUCCUCCAAGCUUCCCCCCGGCCCGCCGUCUGGCCCAGGAGGGACGCAGACGAGGGGAGACCUGCCUGGGCCUGCGACCCUCAGUGGAUCAGUCAAGUCCCGCAACCACUAAAGGUCCCAUCACAGACCUCCGGGCAAGAAAGUGCCUGGCCUGGACGGCUUCAGCCGCCACGCGGGCAGGGACAUGGUUCCGGCCGCGACGGCGUCCGAAGCGGUUGCUUCUAGCAGGGAGCACCUCUCAGUUGGUUCUAAGGGAGACGGCACGCUGCUCCGAGCUCAGCUGCCUCAUGUGAAAAUCCAAAAAGCAGACCCCGGAAGGUGGGAACCGCUUCCUGACUGUGGAGCAGGUAACCUUCGAUGACGUGGCUGUGGACUUCACCCAGGAGGAGUGGAGGCUGCUGGGCCCCGCCCAGAGGACCCUGUACCACGAAGUGAUGCUGGAGACCUUUAGGCACCUGGUCGCUGUGGGGCCUGGGAUCCCCAAGCCACAUAUCGUUGCCCAGCUGGAGCUCGGGGUAGAGCCAUGGAGGAUGGACAGAGGACUCUCUCAAGAUCCCUGCCCGGAAUCAAAGAACAGACUUAAAAGCCAAGAGUCACCAUCAACAGAGGCCAUUUCUGGUGAGGACCUACCCUGCAGCAUGAACCUACCAACAUCCACAGUGAGUGAUUCCUGGCACUCUACUGUAGAUGGUGACUGGCAAUCUCAGAAUGAAGCAGAAAAGCAGAAGACACACAACGGCAUUGUGGGGCCAAUGGAAUGUAAACAAGAGCAAGUAGUGACCUGGGAUGAGGAUUGGGAAAAUGCUAAAGUUGUGGGAAAAUGCAGCCUCAGUUCAAACUUGGUUUCUUCACAGAGAUUUCUUAUCAAAGAACAUUUCUGUCAAAUUGACUUAGGAGUUCAAAGCUUACAGCAUAAUUUUGUUUUAAAAGAUCAUCAGGAAGUCUUGGUAGGAAAGAAACCUUGUAAAGGCAAUCCAUGUGGAAAAGCUUUAGAAAAACUGUAUAAAUUGAAUGAGCACGGUAAAUAUACCAACCAGAACAUAUACCUUUCUACACAUGAGAUAAUUAGUACAGGAGAGAAAUUUUAUGGAUGUAAAGAAAGUGGGGAUUUUUUUACCCAAAGCUCACAUCUCUCUCAGGUCAUGAGAACUCAUAGUGGGGAGAAAGCCUAUGAAUGUGAUGAAUGUGGGAAAGCCUUUAAGAAGCUUUCAUCUCUUACUCACCAUCUGAGAAAUCACAGUAGAGAGAAAGCCUAUGAAUGUAAUGAAUGUGGGAAGUCUUUCUGGCAGAGCCUUCACCUCAUUUUGCACCAGAGAAUUCACACCGGGGAGAAACCUUAUGAAUGUAAUAAAUGUGGAAAAUCUUUUAGCCAAAAUUCUCACCUGAAUGUACAUCAGAGAACUCAUACUGGAGAGAAGCCCUAUAAUUGUGAUGAAUGUGGAAAAUCCUUCAGUGGAAGGUCUAAUCUUAAUGUGCAUAAGAGAACACAUACUGGAGAGAAACCCUACAAAUGUGAGGAAUGUGGGAAAGCCUUCAGUGACCGCUCAUCAUACACACAACACGAAAGGACGCACACUGGAGAGAAACCCUACAAAUGUAAUGAAUGUGGAAAAGCCUUUAGCCACAGCUCUCACCUUACAGUUCACAAGAGAAUCCAUACUGGUGAGAAACCAUAUAAAUGUAAUGAAUGUGGGAAAACUUUCAGUUUUCAUUUAUCCUUCACUCAACAUAAGAGAACACACACUGGAGAGAAACCCUAUAAAUGUCAUCAGUGUGGGAAAGCUUUCAGUCAAGGUUCUAAUUUUAUUGGGCACCAAAGAACUCAUACCAGAGGGAAAAAACUACAUAUUUCAUUUUAAUGUAUAAGAGCUAUGCGAAUAUAUUUAGAUUUUUGACCCAUUCCCAGAGAAGGGCUGAGCCUGGGUGGCAUUUGAUACCUAGGGAAACUGCCAAUGAGAAACAAUUAGUAAGAUCAAAACUCCCUUCAAUGAUACUAGUUAAUACAGUCAACCAGUGUGGGAAAGGCUGUUGCUGAGAACUCAAAAUAGGUUGAUAAUAUUAAAUGAAAGUACUGUUCCAAAGAGCCAGAGUGCCAUUAUUUAUUUCAUUGUUUCCCCACUGCUAGAAAGUUAGACUGCUUCUAAUUUGUUUCAAGAAGUUGCUAUAGGGGCCAGCCCGGUGGCCGAGUGGUUAAGUUCGUGCACUCUGGGUUUCGCCAGUUGGAUCCUGGGCAUGGACAUGGCACUACUCAUCGAGCCACGCUGAGGUGGUGUCCCACAUGCCGCAGCUAGGACCCACAACUAAAAAUACACAACUGUGUACCGUGGGGCUUUGAGGAGAAAAAGGAAAGAUAAAAAAAAUAUUGAAAAAAAAAAGUUGCUAUAUACUAUAAUUAUGAACACUGUGUAGAAACAUGGAAAAUGCCUAUAAUGUGUAGCGAAAGGUGCAGAAUUAAUGUGGCUAUGAUGCCUUGUGUGUGCAUUUGGACCAGGGCUUGGAAGGAAACACAGAAAUGAACAUAGCUAAUAAGAGUCUUGGAAUAUCGUGUGACUUUCUUUUUUUCUAAUGUUUCUCUCAAAAUUGCUACAAUUUUACAAUAAACAAAAAGGUGAGAAGAGAGAAGUA